AAUAUGACAACUUUCCAAAAAUGUUAAGAAUCAAAUGUAUGCAACUUUGGCAUUGAGCUCUAGAUUAUUAAUAUAUAAAUAAAUUUACAAUAUUCCAGCUUCUAAAUCUUAUUCUUCAAAUUAUACCCUAUGCAAAAUCAUCCGAUUCUCCGAAAAUAUUAAAUUUGCAACUUUUUAAAUCACUUCAUUUGAAACUAAAUAUGUUUGUUCCAGUGAUAAAAGGAAACUAUUCUUUAUAUGGAUCAAAUCGGGGCGACGCUUCUGAGAAAAUCAAUGAUAAAAUGGUUUAUUCCUCCCCAGAAUUGGAUUUAAAAAAUAGAGACAAGCUGCUCUCACAAGAUCCCCCUCAAUAUUCAUCGAUGCCGGGCUCUACCAGAGACCUUACUAAGAGAUAUAAGGAAAGAAAGCCGUUUAUAGUAAAUAAAGCUACUAAAGAUUUGCAAAAUAUUUUCCACAAAAUUCCUAAACCAAAUGUCGUUACAAAUGUUUCGAAUGCAAUUGCCGACAUAAGGAUAAUGGGUCAUUGCCCUGAAGGGAAAGGAACGCAAUCUAAGGUCAUGUUAAAGAUUGAUAGGAAAAGGAGUGACAAGAAUAGGAGAAAAUCCCUUUCAGACCCAGAACUGGUGAAGUUGCAGCAAAAAAAAAAGGCAAAAUCUCGUAAGAGCAUAGAGGAAAGACAGGUUUGGUGCGACAAGAGCUUGAAUGAUAAGAAGAAAGAAAUGGCUAGGAUAGAUCUCAAAUGGGGUCAAAAAUCCCGUUUCAAAAUAUUCUACAGGAUAUCUAAAACACCCAGUUAUAUUAACCCGUUAGCCUCUAAGAUCAAUCCCUACUGCCAAAACAGUAAGCUGAAACGCAAGAAGAGCAAGAGUUUUAAUUCCUUAGAACCUGCCAUGAUAGAAGAACUAAAAAGGCAUAUGAAUGAGCAUGGCUUGAAUUUUACGAGUUCGGAAGGUGAAGAGGAAGGAGAGGACAUAUAUGACCACGAAGAAAAAAAAAAUGUUCUUCCAUUAAUAGGCGAAGAGGAUAAAACUAAUAAUACACCAUCGUUAUCCAACGGUACCCUAAGUGUUCUUUCCAUUUCAAAUUUUUUCAAUUCAUCCUUGAAGCCUAUUUGUGUUGACGAUAAUCCUACGAAAUCGGGGUCGUGGCAAAAUGCCGCCAUAAAUCACGAAAAGGAGAAAAGGAAGAAAAGUUUAUUACUCAUAAACUUGGAUAAACUAGUAAACAGGGUGAAAAACUCUCUAACUAUAAAAGGUAAAAAAUCCUCCAAAGUUAAGAAUUACAUGCCGAUAGACAAACAAAAUUCAGAAUUCUACAAGAAGAAUGGUUUACUGUAAAUAAAGAAUUCAGCUAUUGAAAUAAAGAUAUUUGAUUAUAUAUCCUUUACCUCUCUCCAUUCGACCCCGUACUGUUUAUUUCUAUCUGCUUUAGGUCUAGUAUCUUGCUUUCCAAACACUGAAAUAUUGAGUUAAAAUUAAAUGUAUAUUUAUAAUAUUUUCGCUCAAAUUUUGUAUUUUUUACAUUUUGUUUCAAGGAUAUUAUAUUGUCUAUAAAUGCAAUCA